AUGCAACAAAUUCUUCCUCUUAAAAGUUCACCACGCAAGCAAUCAUUUGUCUUGAAAUAUUCAAAUGAUAAAGAAAAUCUACAAUCAUCCGAACGACAUAAUGCUCGUCUAUUAGGUACUACACAUUUAUCUUCGCGAGACGCACCAUCUUGUCUCACUUUUGAUUAUCAAAUAACGGAUGAUAAAUCAAAUAAAUUGUCUGUUUUUGUUCAUAAUCGAACUGUUUGGCGUAGUCGAUUACGUUCAGAACAAAGCAAUAUUCAUAUUCAAUUAAAUAUUUCAUCACCAGCAACUAGUUCGUUACGAAUAGCAACACGUAUUGCAUUCGAUGGACAAAUAACAAACAAUGGACAAAUUGAAUUGAAAAAUAUUUUAAUUACUGAUCGACCAUGUCUUCCUUCAACAUUAAAAAAGUCAAGUGCUAAACGUUUAACUCCACCUGUCAAAUCUUCGAAUUCUCGAACAAUUCGAUCAGUUACAACAAAAGCUGUUGCUGGUUAUGAUUGUACAUUUGAACAAGAUAUGUGUGGUUGGACACAAAGUCCAAAUAAUACUCUCGAUUGGUUUCGUGAACAACCUAUUUCGAAUAAUUUAGCUGGAAUAGUUGGCCCAACAACUGAUCAUACAUAUGGAAAUUCAACUGGUUACUAUGUUUCAACAAGAUUACAAAUUCCAGUCCAAUGUGUGCUGAAUGGUGGUAUAUGA